AUGACAGAUUCAGCGACUGCCGAUGCGGUGUACGCGCAAAUUGGGAAGUUGCGCGAGUUGGCUAAGAGCAAACACGUAGACAUUCCUGAGAAUCCGUACAUGGCAACAAGUGAUAUUUCAACGGCACUUCUUGCCUCGAACGGAGAUGAACAGUCUGCUUUGAAGAAGAUCAUGGCCAAGUUCGGCCGCAACAAGCGAUCCCAUCCAUCGGAAAAGGACCUGGGCAACAAGAAGAGCAAGCGUGGGGGUGAAAAUGGGGGUGGCGAUGGAGGAGAGUCGGUAGCAGCGGGGUAUGCUUAUGCAACAAUGACAAAGGGCGAGAAGGACAUUGCUGGCGGAGCUGGACAUGUAGGAGUCAAAGCUGAAGAUCGCAAACAGGCAGGGCAAGACCAAGAAGAAGGAGGCCGAGAAGAGUCGAUGGCUCCCCACAAAACCAUUCGGUUGGUGGAAGAGGCUCGGGAGCAGAAAGCGGCGAAUUCGGCAAACCAGAAGAUUGUCGAUGCCUUGGCGAACUACGGCGAGGAGCAACUUGAUCGCGGGCACACGGGCAAAGGGGUCUCGCAUCUGCGAGCGGCCAUUCACAUUCGUGAUCACCCGGAUGCCAUCACGUCUGCAAAGGAGGCGCGUGCGGUGCCAAUGGUGGGGGACAAGCUUGCCUCUCAAAUUGAAGAGAUACUGGCCACGGGCAAGGUGAAGGAUGACACUGCAGACCAGAACGUGAGCACGGACGUGAAUCAACACCAGCGACCUCAAUUGGUGAACGACAUUUUCAAUUCGCGGGCCAAAUGUCCCGAGAACCAGGUGCUAGUGGACGAGCUGGCAAAGUUUGGGGAGCACGAGCUCUACUUUGGUAGUUCGGGCAAAGGCACGAGUCACCUGCGAGCGGCGCGUGAGAUUCAGCUGGCUGAUCACGUUGUGAAAUCGGGAUCGACUGCCCGGACGAGCAUUCCUCUGGUUGGGGAUGUCAUUGCGGACAAGAUUGACCAGAUCAUGGAGCACGGUCGGAUUGUUCAGGACACUGGUGAGACGACGGGGUCGAAGAGCUAUUCCCGUGGCAGUGGGGGCGGGUAUACCGUUGCUCCGAUUGUGCAGGAUUUGCGUGACAAACCGGCGGCAUGUCCGGAGAACCAGCGCAUUGUCGAUGCUUUGAUCGACUAUGGCGACAGCCAUUUGUACUCUGGGCAUCGAGGCAAGGGCAUUUCGCAUUUGCGAGCUGCUCAGCACAUUCGGGACUCGAAGACUGUUGUGAAGUCUGGACGUCAAGCCAGCAAGGACAUUGAUAUGGUGGGGCAACGCGUUGCGGCCAAGAUUGACCAGAUUCUCGAGCAGGGGCAUGCGGACAGUGACGAAGACUAUGAGUACGAUCCUGAAGCUGAAGAGGAGGAAGAAGGGGAGUAUGGCGAGAGGGAGCGCGACUCGGUGGUGCCCCCUAUUGUGCAAGAUGUAUGCAGCAAACGUGCGCAAGUCGAGAAGAAUCAGAUUUUGGUGGAUGCACUGGUGGAAUAUGGUGAGGAGGAACUGUACAAGCGCCACACUGGGCGAGGCACGGCUUUCCUGCGUGCGGCACGCCGUCUCCGCGAUGCCGAUGUCGAGGUGAACAGUGGCAAGGAUGUGAAAUCGAUCGGCAUUGGGGACAAGGUGGCCGAGUAUAUUGACACGAUCCUGGCGGUGUGA